AUGUCAAACCACUCCGUCGAUUCAUUGGAUCCGCUUUUUAACUACGAGCCGAGCCGUGUAGAUGCUGAGGUGAGAGGCGUAACAGGAUCCUCCGAGGCAUCUAUCUCGCCGAGCCCUUCCAAUCGUUCAUCUGAAGCUGACAAAGCAUCGAAUCGCUCAAAUCCAUCAGGUGCUCCCUCUCGAAAUAACGAGCCGUUGGUUUCGACGAGCUGCCCCCGGGGUCCUGCCUAUAACAAAGACGUUGAUUAUGCCGCAGUAAAAGCUGAGGAGGAAGCGUUUCCCUUUGAUCCGGUCGAGGCGAAGCUUGAAUUAGAACGUCUCAUGGCAUCCCGAGUUCGGAGCAUUCUUCCCCCAGUUCCUGACGACCUCUUCGUUGUUCGAGAUUCUCUAGCGGCUCGGAGAGUCAAUUGGAGGAAGCACUUUACGUUUGAGAGAGUGGAAAGAGCACGAGCCAUUUUCGCCAGAGUACCUGUUAGCUCUUCGUCUUCAAAUUCUUCAGGAGAUACAAGGGAAAAAAUUGUGAUCAUCACUCUUAGAGACAGAAAGAGGCAUGAAGAAGAAGAGGCUGCAAAACGAGCCGCCGAGGUGGCUCGAACGAAGGCCGAGGCUAUCCCUCAAGAGAUCCGCCAUGCCGUGAAGGGGAAGGUGUGGAGGCAAUCGAGAAGGAGGUGGCACCCGAGGUGGAACCUGGCGAAAUCAUUCCCAAGGCGCCCAAAGACGACUCCGCGGCUCCGAUCGUCGAGCCCCUCGGCUUCGCAUCUACAGAAGCACGAUUCUGGUAGAAAACGUUCGGCCACUGAUAAAGGGAAAGGCGUGGCUAUCCAAAAGAAUGAGCCGGCCAAGAAGAAACGCAAGCCUGUAUCUGGUGAUCCUGCUUCACGCAAACUGGUCGUCGACGACCCAGACGCCUCGGCAAUAAUGUUUGCGCGUGUUAACAACGCCAACACGCGCCUUCCUGAGCAGCUGAGGAGACCGAGGUCUUAUGGCGCGAUGGCGCAGCAUGGCACCAAGUUUGUAGCGGCUAUUAACGAGCAGAUGGUCGAAUACGAGGCGGACCUGUCUAAGGUUGAACGUCGUUUGGAAGAAGCUCGGAACGAGGCCGCGACAACAAAGGGAAAACUAGAAGAGGCGAUUACCAGGGCAAAGAAGCUGGAAGAGGAGAAGAUAGCUCUUCGUGCUGACGUCGACAAGGUAUCCGCCGAGGUGGCGUUACUUAAGAGACAAAUCGAGGCCAAGGAUGCCUCGUUUGACACUAAGGUCAAGCGUGCGAAGAAAGAAGCGAGGCGAGAGUUGACGGCUAAGUUUCAGGAACGCCUUGCCAAGGUGGAGGAGGGUCUAGCCAAGCUCGAGAAGGCCAAAACUGACGAGAACGAACUGGGGCAGAUCAACGACCUGAGGAAACCGGACGGCCUGACACUCGACGACGAAGAGGCAAAGGUAAAAGGUUGGGAGAGCGAAUACGUCGACGACGAGGUGUAUGAGCGCAUCGCUUCCGAGAUCCGAGGUGAGCUAGUCUUCUCGCCCGUGUCACCAGACUCCGUAGACACCGGUCUGGGUAACAAGCCGAUCGAAGAGACAGCGCCUAACCUGGGUGUUGUAGAUCCGACCAGAUCAAAUGUGGGUACGCCGGCCCUUUCGAACCUCCUCGCCGAGCGGGAAACGCAGUCCGCAGCUUGA